AUGGAUUCCUCGUCCAUCUUCAAACCGUACUGCACCUAUGAAUGCAUACGAGGUGACAAGCAAUCAGUCAUCAAAAAUUCGAUUGGACGGCAACUUCCGUACAUCAUCAACUUCAAAAAUAGCACUUGUCAAGUAUUCGAUGUUGAUUUAGAAAGAAUAACACACGCAUACACUUUCCCUGACGGAUGCAUCCUGAUCGAUGUCGACUAUUUUCCAACGACAGAUGGUCGGUUCGGGUUCUUGAUUGGUGUAGAGGAUAGUAACAUGAUAUGGGGCUCUGAACACUUCAUAGCGGCACUGUCAAUCGUUCCGGAUUCGCCAACUAUGGCAAUCACUGGCUUGAUGGAAAUUCCGAAUAGAAUAACAGUCGUCAAAACUCUUUUCUCAAACGUCGAUAUGAAAGAAGGAAAAGAAAACGGCUCAUUGGGGUUACAUCAUCGUUUGCUCGAAUGGCCUCAUGUUAUUGCUAUUGGAUGCAAAAGUACGAAAUGCUACUUGACGAGUUUGAUGAAAGGAAACACACCAAAAGAGAACUCUACCGUUCAAAUUCCUAAGAAGAGGAUGUUGGAUUUGUUAGCUGGCUUUGUGAACGACGACAUCUUCACCUACUCUUGCGAUGACGGUGCUUACAGAGAGUAUCCCACAAGCGGUGUUUACGUUUCAGCACUGGCGCUCAUGCCACGAAGCCGAACUCUUCUAGUGGGACUGUCAAUGGGUGGUAUUCUUGCGGCCUCAUUGAAUCCAUCGAAUCAAAUGGAAUUGCUGGAAUUGAGGCACGAUCGACUGAUUCAUGAAAUUGCACCAAUGGAGCCCGAAGACGAUCCGGAUAAGUAUGAAUAUUUCAUCGCCGCCGUCGAUCGUUCGUCCAAUCACUCAAUCAUGAUUCAAUUAUGGCGUGGUUCGUUCAUCAAAGACGGAGUAGUAGAUUCUGAAAAGUACAAUGGUGUUAAAUUCCAUGUAACUCUUGAACACAAAAUUCGAUUUGGAGAGCGUUGGUUGUCCGUAAAAACUAUCGUCUCCGAGAGAGGUAGCUCGGAUGGGUUGGUUCAAAGACGACGGAACGAUAGUUCUAUGGAUUGCUCAGUUCUCAACACUACGCAAAAUUUCGGAUGUACUUCCAACCGUAGCAACGUUUUUCUGGCUUAUGAAAGGUUAGCUGCUCAAACCAGUUCCACGGGAUUACCGACUUUCGUCGUUGAAGCAUCAAUUUUUGAUAUCGACGCAUGGUAUUACAAAAGAGUUCCUGGGAGAGUAGUACCGGAUAAUUCGGUUCUCAGACAAUGCCCAUUCAUGUCAUGCAUUCGAUCGGAAAUCUCUUCAUUACAUGUCAAUGAUAUUGGGAUUCUCACACUGGAUUCGACAAGCAUGUCUCGAUUCAAUAGUAUGAUCUCAGACGCUGAUCAGCUAUUUUAUCCAUCUUCAAUGUCCUAUGGUCUCGUUUUCGUCGCUGAGAACAAUCGCAUAAGUUGGAUGAAAAUUCAGAGCAUUCAAGAAACGAUUCUUGAAAAAUGCUCCGAAAAGCUUCCAUGGAUUAUUCGAUCUCCAGAGUUGAUGGCCUCACACAUCAUUGCUGCCGGACUCAUUCGAAAGAGUAUAUUGACAGGAUCUCCAAACGCAAGCGCUUCUGAAUCGAUUGGUGAUGAUCAAACAAUGCCAAUGAAUAUUCGUGUGGUUCUCAAUGCUAUGAUGUAUUACGGAAAGAUUGAAGAGUUCACUGGUCUCAUCAAAAAAACGGAUUUGAGCGACAAAAUCAAAAUCGAGGUGGCAGAUUGGGCAUUUUUCGAAGCAGUCGAUUACAAAAGAAUAAUUUCUGACCGAACUGUUUCGCUAUUCCAAGGAAGCACUUGUUCACUUUCUCCACUGGCCGAAGAAACCGUAAACCAGGGAAUCAAGUUAUUCCGAAUAGUUUAUGAGUAUAUCAAAAGCUGUAGUAUCCGCGUUGCUGAUGCAGCCCGUCUCCGAAGCGUGGCUCAUUCUGUGAAGUGCAUGCUCAAUCACACCAAACUCGUCAGUCGAUUCAUUAACGUUGGAAUAGUGCCAGUGAACCAUCAAGAUCAACAAAGCAUGCGGCAGAUGCAUGAACAAAGAAAACGUUCAGCUCUCAUCAAUAGAACAGCUCUCCCUGUCCAAGUGGCUGUGAGGAAUAUGCACCGAUUGGCUUCAGGAGCUCAGUUUUGGAAUGAUUCACCGCAUGAUAAUUGGUAUCCACCGACACCGUUAGAUCUUCUCGAAUCCGUUCUCAAUCUCGCUAUUCCGGAACGAAUUAAACGAGAAGUUGUCAUUCAGUAUAUCUAUGAUUGGCUUCGUGCUAAUCCGUACCAUUCAGAGAAAACGGAUAAUCAGCUAGCUCUUGAAAUUAUCAAAGUAAUGACCAACCAAAUGCUUGAAGUGGAUUUGGAGAAAAUUUACUUUGCAAUGGAUCAAGAGAAAUCAGUCCUGAAGGAAAAUGCCAAGGAGCGGUCAUCUGAGAAGAUAUCGGACAAGAACAUAUUUUCAAUGGAUGAAGAAGGAAUCACAUAUGAACAACUGUGGCGUGGAGAGGCAUACAUGUCUGCAACAGUCAAACAAACUGAUAUCGAAAAAUUCAAGCAGAGAAUGAAUUCUCAAAGUGAAAAGGAUAAAAAAGUUCCCACAUUCGACCCCGAGACGGAAAAGUUCUAUCAAGCUUUCUUGUUCGAAAACCAAAGAUAUGAUCUAAUGUCUUCCGAAGCAAUUGAAUCACAUCAAUUACUGAGCAAUUUCAUUCCUGCAACAAUACAUAAAAACAAAAAAACUGCGUCGCAAAAAAGUUCGAAAGAAAGAGAAAUCGAGCGAUCCGUAAAGGAAAUGUUCGAAAAACAGCAAAAGAAAGACGAGGAAAGUAUGCCGGAGAUGUUUGCUACAGUCGAUAAGAAUGGGAGAAAGAGGAGAUCAGAAGCCAACGAAAUGGGGACUAGUCCAACCACGUUUGUUCCACCUGUUAGUUUGUUCAUGCAUCCAAAUUUAAUAAAAACCGCCAAACGUAUCCAACAAAGGGAACCGGAAAAAGUUCAAGAAAAUGAGAACCAUGAACCAGAAACAUCCGCGAAGAACUGUACUUUGAGUCAAAUGAUCGCUACGCCUGCUCGUUACUACAAACGUCCAGUGGAGCCAAUAGAUAUGGCUUCACCAACUGAAACUCAGAAGUUACCUAUUCUGCCAAAACAAAAUAGUAUUCUGAAAACAGCAAAAGCGUUGCAAUCACCUAGUCGAGGGCGUAUCCGUUUUCAUGCAAGUGUCAGAAAAGGGAUAAACGAUAGUAUUGAGGCAGUCGAAGAUGAGCCAAAUGAUUUAGAGGAAAAUCCAUCGGAGACACCCAAGAUUAACUUUGCGAUUAUUGAAGACGAUGAAGAGGCGGAUACGCUUACUGUGAGGAGAUCCCGAAGCAUUUCAAAACCUAAUGAGACGGAAAAAGUAGAGGCGGAGCUAUUCGAAGUACUGGACGAGCUCAAAGAGCAAACUUUGGAAGCUCAAAUGGACGAAGAAGAAUCACACGCCAGCACUGUCAUAAGGGAGAAACAGAUGGAUCAAGAUACAGUUGACAAAGUUUCACCAAGUGAGAUACAAGUCCAAAACGCCCAACUGCAAAAUAUCAACGCGGACAUCGUUCCAGGCGAAGUCGUUGAAUCAGUUGAAAUGGAAUAUGGGGAACCAGAGUGGGAUGGAAUUGAACGUAGUUUCGAAGUUCAAAAAGACGAAGAUUGUGAAUUAUCUAGCCCACUGAAACUUCCUAGCUUUGAAGAGGAUACCGCUGCUGUUGAAAUGGAAACAGAUCCAGCACAGGAUAUUGCUCUCGAUAGAACAUUUGAGGUUCAAGAAGAUGAGGAAACACAUCCUCUUGGUGAUGCUGAACUUUCCUAUGAUUCAAAUACGUUUGUCGUGAGGAGAGAUGAGGAAUCAGUGGUUCAAAAGCCAUCAUCAGAAAAUGCCGAAGAUGUGGAGCGUCCACCAUCUGCUAAUACUCGUUCAAAAGUUCGUUCGAGAGAAGUCCAAUCUCGAUCAGUGACGCCGGUAGAUGUUGGAAACGAAACCUCUGGAACAAAAAGCGCUGUGGACAAUGAUCAAGUUUCACCUGAAAAACCAAAGACCAAAGGGAAGUCUCUAUCGAGGAGUAGCUCUGUGACACGAUCUUCAUCCAGGACAAGAACUCGAUGUAAUACAGAAAAUGAGCAAAAACAGGAAGACGAAACUACUAAAACCCUGUCAACUGGUCGUAUAACUCGCUCACGGACUAAUUCUCGUAGUCAAACUCCUGCGAGACAACCCGACAAGAUAGCUACAUCGGUACAUCAGCCAUCAAGUGAAACAACAACGGCGACUAAUGGAGAGAAUAGUAACAACGCUAUAGCGACACCUUCAAAACGUGGUACAAGAAGAACUCCGGCACGCUCUAGUUCAGUUGCUCCCGAAUCAGCUACUCCAAAUGUAUCUGCGAAGAAGCCAACACGCGUGGUUUCUGCUCCCACAACUCCGCGCCGUGCGGGAAAACCUGCAGUAGUAGAAUCGGGAAGUGUCCAGUCUGCAACCAAAAAAUCUGCGGUAACUAAAAACAUUACGCGUCUCCCUGUGGUGCCAGAAGAGACUUCCAGCGAGGAACCUGCUAAAAGAUCGCGUGGACGUUCUCGUACAGCUACAUUGAAAGCGAUUCCGGAAAGUGGAGAAGGAGAGCAAGCUAUGACAACUCCUAAACGCGGUCGCCCGCGUAACAAUAGUACUUCUUCUGCAACUGCAGCAUCGAGUUCAGCUCCAACAACUCCAAAACGAGGCAGGAAACCAGCGGCGGCAGUACCAACUCUCGAAGAAGUGACAGAAGAGCCAGAGCAGGAGCAAUCAAAUUCCGUUCGUCGAUCAGCACGUCGUCUACAACAGAAGCCGUGA